ACUAUCAUUUGCGCGGGUUUGUUUUGAUGACACUACGUGCAGACGUGUACUUUCUGUAACUUGUGAGUUCUCUUUUCCUUUUUUAACUGGUUUAAUAGGCAGUGACCAGUGUGUUCAGGAUUUAAGUCAAGCUCCACAAUGUUCAGUUUACUGUAUGGAUUAUGGCAGUAUAUGUUCCGACGAGAUGAAUACUUUGUCUUGAUUCUUGGCCUGGACAAUGCUGGAAAAACUACAUUCCUACAAACAACUCAGAUGCAGUUCAACAAGAAUUACAAAGGCAUGCCGUUGGAUAAGAUCACGACAACAGUUGGGCUUAACAUUGGUAAGAUAGACACUGGACCGAUCCGUUUGAUGUUCUGGGAUCUUGGCGGACAGGAGGAACUUCAGGCCCUAUGGGAUAAGUAUUAUGCCGAAUCUCAUGGCGUUAUUUACGUUGUGGAUUCAGCAGACAAAGAGAGAUUAGAAGAAUCCAGACGAGCAUUUGAUGAAAUGUUGUCUAGUGAAGCGCUACACGGUGUACCGUUGCUUGUCCUUGCCAAUAAACAAGACUUACAGGAUGUUCUACAUGUGUCGGACAUUAAAGCAGAAUUCAACAAAAGUUCAUCAAGUAUUGGAAGACGAGAUUGCCACAUUCAGCCUGUAUCGGCACUUACUGGACAAGGAGUAAAUGAAGGAAUCGACUGGCUGGUGGAAUGCGUCAAACGGAAUACGUACCAGAGACCACCGCAUGCGAAAGAGAUCAGCUGAUGAGGUCAAAAGGUCAAGGGUCAGGUCAACUCGUAAUGGACUUAUUGUUGACGGUCCUACAUGUGUUCAGAACUUGAUGUAAACUUCACAAGAAACAUUUAGUGAAAAACUGAUACACUGUUUGGAGGUUCUCAUGAAAACUAAUAUGAUGAUGUGACAUCAUGCCUGGUGGUUGGUGGAUAUAACCGUACACAGCGCCCUCAUUAGUUUAUGCACAGAGCCAAUACCAGAGGCUUUUUUCAAACUUUGGAUUGAGUUCAGCUUCGCCUUCAAGCUCAAGUUUUGUGAUGUCAGCUCCUGGAUGUAGGAGACUCAGUUUCAGUGUUGGGUCAAAUGCAUACAGUAUGUUUAUAAAUGUCAAAUCAUAAGAAUUAUAUCAAGACAAAAUGUUAAGUAUGUUUAUGUUCAGUUGUUCAAGCCCGAGAGGCUUCUAAAAUCACUCUAGAGCCAGACAUGAAGCCAGAGCUGAAAACAGUGCCAAGUUUUGAAAAAUGGCUCAAUAUCGAUCUAAGAAUACAAGAAGCUUGUUAAAUUUAAAUACAUCAUGUUAAUCACCCCUGUUGGAAGAAUAAGACUCGUACGUAGGGGUGGGCAUUGGAGCCGGAUACCGGAGUACCCGACCGCUGAUGUCAGGAACCGGUUCCAGAUAAUGGGAUCGGGUACCCGUAACCAACUUUACAAAUUACUUAGUAACUUCUCAGAUUAUGGAAAAGAAAUGUGGGAAAUUGUGGGGAACUUUCAAAACGAAAACCAGGCUACGUGGAAAACUAAAACAGAUUUUACGUUUAUGCGCAUUUUGAUGCGCAACAGAUGACGCUUGCGAAAGUUGAAGUUUACACAGUUAAGCUAUAAAGCCCUUCGAACAACUUGAUUUGAAUUUGGGGGUUGGGUUUCUUUUACGUGUAUACGGGUAUUCGGAUACCCGUGGUUUACUUCAGUGGUGUACCCGGUUACCGUACUACUACUGAAACAUGUAUAAAUCCCCAUGUUUCUUUUAAGUCGCAAGAUACUUUUGGUGUAUUUCGUGUGAGUUUGGUCUGUUAAUAUGAAUCACUGUGUGGUUCAUUGCAUUUAUAAACAUCAAUGUACAUGUAUAUGCAUUUAUACAUGUAUAAAUGCACUUGGUUGUAUUGCAUUAUUUUUAUAUGUUAAUAUUUUGUAUUUAAAUUUAUCGGCCUAUUCUGAGAUUAAUUAUUCGUUACCUCUCCAAUCGAAUCAGUCGCUUAGCGCUGGUCUUUCUAAAUUCUUUUAGCCAGUUUGCUACAAAAUAUCCAAACAUUGGGGGUGUGAUAUUUUUUGUUUGGUUUGUAGCUCAUCUUAAAGUUGGCAUAGGUGUUGCAAAAUGUGAUAUCCAUAGCUGCUAUAACAGACCAUAUUCAUGUGAAAGCUAUUUUCGAUGUGUUCCCUUAAUCUAUAUUACAAAUUGUGAAUUGUGGAAUGGGAUGGUGCCAGACUAUUUCAUGAUUGGACGGCGUUCAAAGCCUCACUUUCAUUUAUUUUUAAAUGUGGCUUAAAACAUAAGGGUAUGUUUAAUCACAAGUUUUAAGUUAUUUAUCAGAGCAGACUGGUAUGAAUUUGUAAUGAACUUUAUUUCAUUGCUUUCAUUUCUACUUUUAUUUCAUUCCAAAAAUGACAAGUUUGCCUCGCCAGGGUGACCGUAAGGUCAUGGCUAAAUUCUGCUAAAUGCACUUCAAAAAUCUGUCAGAUUUAUCAACAAUCUGCCAAAUUCCCCAGAAUUGCUCGAAAUACACUAUUAACACUUUAAAUCACAUGCAGAUGUUGUGUAAUAUUGCCUUAAUUAAUAUUCAAAUUAAUGUUCAAAAGCCAAAUAUAGAUAAUCUGAAAUUACGUAAAUUUCAGGCAAAAACGCGGUUGCGUCUUGACGAAAUCCGGUUCCCAGUGAACCUCAGCACCUAGACCAGGCAACCUGUCCUAUUUUGCAAGGGUUUGUUUCAAAAGAUUGAAGCUUGUGAACCAAUGUACCAUUUUUUUUGCAAAUUUGCUAUUUUUUCUUUCAAAUAACCAUUUUUGCAGAAUUCUGCCAGAAAUCUGCCAAAAAAAUCCAUUCUGUCAAAUUUUCUGUCAAACUUGCUUUUUAACAAAAAAUCUGUCAAAGUUAGCCGAAAAUCGGCUAAAACGGUCACUAUGUGCCUCGCUUCAAAUUUGAUAUGGCCAACUCAUGAAUAAUGUCUAUUUUUAGUACUACGUAGGCUAUGUCAAGGCCAUUUGCAGCAAUGUUGUGCAACAUGUCUGGGAAAUAUGCAAAAUAUUCAAUUGACUGGGAACGUUGUAACAUAUUCUAUGGUUUGAGCCUCAGUGAAUUUUACGGGACUUUUAAACCUAAAAGUCACAAAAGGUUACAGAACUUUUUAUUUAAAUAACACAAACGUAAUGGGCCAGUGCUUUUGGGUUCUGAUCUGAAGAAUUUCUUUACAACAAAGUUAUAGAAGGGAAAAAAUAGACAGUAUCUCUGCAAAAAUGCUGGAAAAGUAUUUUAAAAGUCUUUUUUCCCCUCGAAAAUCAAGUUCUCUUUGAAAAGUUGAAGUAAAACGUUUAUUUUGUUGUAAACGAAAUUAUGUUUCGAAGCAACUUGGAAUUGUCAAUAAUACAGCCUCACUGUGAUGUAUUUAUUGAAUAAAAUCUUUUUGAGGAUUAAAAGUAAUUAA